AUGGCAGCCCCAAAGGAAAAUAGCUUCUUCCCUCCCAAUCUCUACUAUAUCCCUGGCUACCGGGGCUUCGUCCCUCAGUACAACUAUCAGUUUGGAGAGACUUUUGGCAAAACCACGUACCGCCUGCUGACGGAUCCCGCUGUUACGAAGAGCCCUCGCCCUUUGCUGGCGCCGCUGCGCAAGCAGAAGUUCAUCGAGGACUUCAGCGGGACGAAGCACGGUGUGCAGGGUUAUCUCCCGGGGCGUCCAGGGUACUUUCCCUAUGAGAAAGCCAGGGCUGCAACAAGCUUUCCUGAACCAGUCCUUCGGCCAAAACCCCCUCAGCCAGGGCCAGCAGAGGAAGAGCUGAUGAUGAUGCGCAUGGACCCCGUGCCCCAGCACCACCCCAGCGAGUACAUCCCGAGGACACCACUGCCACGAGUGGCUGAAACCGCGGAUGUGGAGCAAGAUUAUCGGUUACCAAAACUGGCUGUACCAAACGCGAUCCAACAGAAAGUCAUUUCAGGGUACACUGGAUUUGUCCCCCACCUCACCUGGAUUAAUGGCGUGAAUUACGUCCAAGCUGUGAAGGAAGCCAUGAACGAAUUUGAUCGACAUCAGUUGUUGCAGAGAAAUCCAGCUUGCAGCUUUGGCAAGAGAUUUCCCCAAACACACUGGCCUAACAACAGGAUUUACACCAGUGCUGGACUGAUACCUUUCUACACGGGCUUUGUACCAGAACUCCGACACACCUAUGCACUUACUUUUGGAAACGGCACCCGAAAAGCUUACCAAAAGGAACAAAGGAGACAAGCUUGUGCACUGUGA